AUGGUCCUCACGGAAGCCACCAACUCCCCGCGCCCUGUCGCGGGGGCGCCGCAGCCGGGCAAGCCCGCGUUCGCACCGGACGCGGAGAAUCACGCCAUCUACAGCCCGGUCAGCAACCUCAAUGCCAAGAGGCCUGCGGUCCGCACCAGCCUCGGCAGGAUCGCCGGCUCAGGCCACACGUCUGCGUCGAAGCGCAAGUCGAACAUUCCGAGCAGCGUCGCGACGCCCAACACCCACACGGGCGUCGCGCCGCGCCCCGGCCACGCGCCCCGGUCCCGCAUCGCCCGCCCAGGCAGCGCCGGGCCGCGCGGGCAGACCGCGACGCCGCAGCACCGCGCCGACGCGCAGGACGAGCCCGUGAUGAUGAGCAUCAACCCCGUCUUCACCGACGUCGUCCGUCGCGUCUCCACCUCCCCGUCCCUCCAGCCCACAACCCCCAGCACGCCACCAGCAGCGGCUUCGCCCGCCACGCCGGCCCCCGGCGUCGCGGCCGCUCCGACCGCGCCGGUCGUCCCGCAGCAGCUCGCCGCGAGGGGAGGACGCACCCCCGCCGGGCCGAUGGCCACUCCGCCGCUCGCCAGCAUCGCGGAGGCCACGCCGCUGGCCAGCGCGGACAUGACGGUGCCGGACUUUUCAACCCUCGCGGCCCGCCGGUCCUCGAGCGGGCUCUCCGACGCUGGCUCCACCGUGCCGAUCGACGUGGUCGCCGCCGUCGCGAUCCUCGGGCUCGCCGCGAGCGGCGUGGCGCUGGUGCUGGCGCGGCUGGUGCUUCCCGCGCACGUGCUGACGUUCAGCGCGCCCCGCGUGGCGGAGGCGCCGGCGGCCGCGUGGUCGGACGUGCUGCGGCGCGAGAUCGACGAGUCCGUCCUCGUCACCGGGAUGUCCAGCGCGCUCUCGCGCGCGGGCUCCGCGCGCCGCCACGUGCUCAGCAGCGCCAAGGGUCUUCUGAGCUGGACGGUGUCGUUGGUGCACGACGCCGAGGAGCUCCGCGCGCACCGCCUCGCGGAAAUGGAGGCCAUCAAGGCCGAGUUCCUCCCGCCGCCCCUCGCGGCCAUCGCCCCGCCGCCAACCCCGCACGCAACCCUGUUCCCGGCAAUACACCCCCCCCGCGCGGCGCUCCUCGCCCUCGUCGCCGCCACGGCCCUGCUCGCCGCCGGCGCGGCCUUCGUGCACCUGCGCUCGUCGCGUGCCGCCUGGACCGACGAGGGGGAGUCCGACUUGUACGACGGACCCCUCCCCUCGGGGCUCGACAGCGACGACGACUUCGGCGCGGACGACCUGCCCGGGGCGGCGCAGGCGGGCCGGACAGCGCGGCGCAGGAGCUCCGUGGCGAACUACGGCCUCGACACCACCGGCACGCCGCUGCGGAAGUGCUCACGCCUGCACCCGCGCCACGGCGCUGGCGACAUGAUCCUGCGCGACCUGCAGUGA